AGGUGACAGUAUUAUGACAGUGUGCUUUGAUUCCUUGUGAAAUUCCUCUUGUUGUUUGACUGUGGAGGCCUCUCUGAUGGCUACAGCCUCUCCGUUAACCAUUCCUUGUAAAUCCUUGUGCCCAGGGCCCACCAAUGGGUAAAGGGGGGGCGGGGGGGGAGAAGAUAGACCCACUCAGCAGGAAGGGUAUCCACCACACGCUCUUCCCCAGCCUCCUGUUUAAAAACACUUGCUCCAGAAGGAGAACAGCAAUGCUCAAUCCCAUGUGAUGACUGAUUACGUGCCCAACCAACCCCACAGGCUGAAAACGAUUUGCUUAAACUGAGCACACUCCAACCUUUUCCAACAGUGAAUCCUGUGCGAUUAUUUUUUGUUGCAGAAGCACCUAGGAGUUGCAGUCAUGCUCCAGGCCCCCAUUGUGCUAGGGGUUGUGCAAACACAGACCAAGUGGGCAGUUCCUGCCCCAAAGAGCUGCCAUUCUAGACAGUGUCUCUUAGCUUCUCCCCUCCUGCUGGUGUUCAGAUUGCAUCCCUAAAGCAAUUGCUGCUGUGGGAAAGAUGCUACGAGUGGGUUUGAAGUGUUUAGCUUCAUUUAUUGCCAUGUACCAUAGAAUAUUAGGGUUGGAAGGGACCUCAGGAGGCCAUCUAGUCCAACUCCCUGCUCAUUGCAAGACCAAUCCCCAUUUUUUGGCCCAGUAACCCUAAAUGGCAAGGAUUGAACCCACAACCCUGGGUUUAGCAGGCCAAUGCUCAAACCACUGAGCUAUCCCUCCCCUGAAAGGGGAGCAAAGGAGCUGGAAAGGAGGAGGGAGGGGUCUCAGGAUGCACUUGGCCAGGCUGCCAUCUCUCUCUUGUGUUAUCGGUAAGGCCCUGUUAAAUCACGGUUUCAGGGAUUGCAUUGAAAUUAACCCAAUAUUGUGAUUUUUCCAGUAGAGGGGGGAGACUGAACGGGGGAUGAAACAACUCACAGUAAUGGAUGCAGGCUGGGCUGGUUUCACCAAAUGACACUGACCAUCCAGCCCAGGCUGUCGUUACAGCUGCCCACCUGGCAAGCAGGGAGAGGGGGGCAGUGCUGACAAUGCUGCAGUUAGGAGACCUGGCCCAGCAGCAGGCCCAGGGGAGACAUGGCAAGGGCUGAGCCCAGGAUCUGCCACUGGGUGCAUGAGAUGGUGUGUGAGGGAGUGGGGUGAAAAGAUGGAUUCCAGACUCCCCUCCACCUCUUUGCAAGGGUACGGCCCCCUUACACACUUUGUUGUGUGCCAAGUGCAGAUCCUAGUCUCAGCUCCUGCAGUGUUUCCCUGGGCCUGCCAGGGGCUGCUGUAGAUUGAGAGAGCCCAGGGCUCCUAAUCGCCAUGUGUUGUUGAUGCCGUCCCCUUCUCCCCACCAGCAAGGCAGGGAGCAGCAGCUGCAGCCUGGACCGAGAUGGGCUUGGACAGCUGGUGCCAUGUGGUGAAACAGCUGCACCGGCUCACCACCCUACCUUGCUUCCCAGGGUGGGACUGACCUGUCGCCGACCCCCAUGAGUAGCUGUGGCUUCAGGCGGGAGGUUGAAGCCAGGAUGCCUGCUUCUACCAUCCCAUGGGGAAAAUUGCAGCAGUUUGGGGCAGGGAAAGGGGAGUCUUGGCAGUUGUACCUGUCCCGUGAAAUUCAAACAUUGAGCUGUGACAAACACCCUGCAAUUUAUGCAGGGCUUUAGCUAGAGUGGCCAGGCCUUCAUUCCUCCUUUCUUCUUCUCUCUUCCUCCUUUCCUGAGAGCAGCUUCUGCAAUGGGGAGACCUAAGGUGCUGGCCAGGCUUUCAGAGCCCUGGGGUGGUGAAGGGAAGAGGUGGGGGCUGACUCUGGAUAGCUGGAAACAGUAGGGUUUUAGGUAUCUCAUUGUUACAGGGAGGGGGAUGGGUCCUGUCAUUUCAUUGCAGGGCAGAGAAGUGGGCAGAAGACAGGACCUGUGGCUGGUAGGAAGGGUGAAGCAGGGACACAUAGCAACUGAUCUGUUCCCUUGAAAGAUUCCCAGCUCAGUGUCUUUGAGACUCAGCAGGAGCUGUACCAGAAUCAAGGGAGAUUAACACCUGAGCUGAAGUACCAAGGAAUGGCCAUGUGGUGUUGCUGCCUCCUGAAUGCUGAAGGGCUGGGAGCUAAGCAAGGUGAAGGCUCCCCUGGGUUUGCUACCUGAUGACCUGGCCAAUCCCUCCACUCUCAGCCAAGCGUCCUGUGGCUGUAUCUCCUUGCCCCUUGCUUUCUGUCUGCCUAAUGCAGUCGCCUCUUACUUUGGCCACAACCACACUGACUGCUCUCCGUGCCUCUGGUAAUGCUGGGACAUGUGUGCAGUGGGUGCUUGUGUACUCUGGGCACCUGUGCCUCUGUAGUCCCCUCUGUGUGGCUCAGGAGCAUCUGGGCUGGGUGGGCCUUAUCAGCCUGCGCUGUGAUCAGGCAGCAGGGCUGGAAAUCCCUGCAGCCCUGGUCUAGGAUGUUGGCUCGCAUUGUAAGUGCUUGUAGAGUGCUUGUAAAUUGCUUUGAGAUCCCCAGGGGCCUCAGCUCCUUCCUGCUGGAAGCUGUCCUGUUUCUCCAGCCAGUUGCUAGGCGCUGGUCGCUAGGAUACCAGCUGUGACUGGGCAGGCCUGCACAUUCCUCCAGUGAGCUCCUAACCCUGCCCAGCGCCUGCCAGGACCUUGCCAGAGCCUCGCCUGGGGCAGGCCCCGGCAGGAUCACCUGGCUUCAGAACUGUGAUGCUGGGUCUCAGGGCUCUGGGCCCUUCCCGUUCCUAGGAGAUCCAGGCCUCUGUGGUCCUUUCCUGCCCCUGGCUCUGGGAUUCGCUGGCUUGCUACCCCGGAAGGGCAAUGGGCUCAGAGCUGGGCUUUGUCCUUGCCCCUGCUCUGACAUCACAGUGCCACAGGUAUGACCUCACACUCCAUCGCCAGGGAGACACCGGAGGAGCAGUUGAGCCAGGCAGGGUGGGUGGCGAUCUUCUUGUCCCCAUGCUCAGCUGUACCACGUCCUCUGUCUCUAUAGCCACUGGGCACCCUGCCCCCCGGAGAUCCAGCUCUCCCUCUGCCAUGGGGCGCCUCCCCCUAGGUGGCGUCUCACCCUAUGUGAGGACGAGCGCUGGUGGGAGCGUGGACCCUCUGAAGUUCUACGCCACGAGCUACGGCACGGCUUACGGGCAGGAGAGGUUCCAUCCUCGUGUUGGCCAUCACUCCGGAGCCGGGUACAAAUCCAAUUACCGGCCUGUCGUCUCUUACAAGGCCAGCCUGGAUGAAGUGGAUAAUCCAGCCGUGGGACAGCUCCUCCAGGAUAACUACGACACGGUGACCACCAAGCAUUUCCGACCCCUCCAGCUGCCCGAUGGCAAGUACCCCUUGCCCUGGAGCGUCUACCAGCCGGGGAGCGGGUUUGUUCGAGACAAGCCUAUUUCCUUCCCUACCACCAAAGCCGUUAAGAAAGUCCACUUCGAUACGCGGGACCAGGGGCCGCGAGCCAUCACAGGGCUGGAGCCCAGACAGCUCCCCGACCUGCACAAGCCGCAGGGGAAAGGCUCCGUCGAGGGGGAGAACGCCAGACACGGCCCUCUGUACAUGUCCACAGAGUAUAACUCCAAGUUCCGCUUCGACAUUCCUGGCCAGCCAGAUUUCCUACAGCGAAAGACAAUAGGAGCCAAGGAGGAGACGGGAUUCACUGAGGGCACCCAGCAGAACCCCAUUGCCUUCCUGCCACCUCCUCCGGGAGAGCCAAGGAGCCAGCCUGGCAUCAGCAUCACCAAGACGGACUUCCUGCCCAGCGCUCUCCGACAGGGCGAUGAGUUCCUGCCCGUGCUGUCGAAGGGCUCCGAGCGAGAGACGGGAUUCAGCCGGGACAAAGACAACGGCCUCAGUGCCAUGGGCCUGCCGCACGCAGCACCCCAGCCUGGGGCCGGGGGGUCAGGGCCCCUGAGCCACACUCAGUUCCGAGGGUUCCAGAGGCCCCCGCAGACCCAGACCAACCUGCUGGGCCGGGAGUCCGUGGGGAACAAGGAACUCUCCGGAUUCAGCAUCAACAACAAGAAGUAUGUGACGCCCCCCUAUGACCCGGACUUGCCCAACAAGUACCUGAGCAGCUACAACUCCAAGUUUUAUGACAACACCCUCAAGGGGGUGGACCGCGAAGGAUGGACCCGCGGAGGGAUCCAGCCCCAACAGCCGGGUGGCUUCGCCACCAACAACCACAUCACUGAACUGGGCACAGAUCCCAAUGCCACGGAGACCCUGAGACGGGUCCACCCCCAUGUCGGCCGGACGAUCACAACGGUGGACCCGUUUUAUCGCGACACCCCUCACAACAGCCGCUUCUCUGCUCUCUACCAAACCGCCGUACCUGAGUAGAUCUGUGUCUCCACCCUGCAGGAGCUGGUCUCCCCUGGCGAGGCAGGGACUCCGGGGCUGGUCUCCCCUGACGAGGCAGUGGCUUCAGCAUCUCCCAAAGGGCUUUACUUUUCCAAUAAUGUAAAGAGAAAUCACCAUCCAGUGAAGGCUCAUUGGUUCUCAUUGGCCUAGCUGCCAGCCCUCCUCCCCUUAGAUCCCAUAGACCUCUCCUCUUCUUCCCCAUGGCCCCCAUAAACUUCUCCUUCUCCUCUUCCCCGGGGACCCCAGCAUGCCCUUCCACCCCGUCCGCUGCUGUUUUCAUCGGGGAGCCCUCUGCUGUGCGAGCUGAUCCCAGCUCUCAUCCCAUGGGUCGUGGCACCCAUGUGCUGCCAUGGGAGCUGGAUGGAGUCUUUGCACCUGAAGGAUCAGCUGGUGCCUCCUGGCAGAAAGGGGAGUGCAGCCCCUCCCCAUCACCUUGCCUGCUCUGGCUGGGGGUGUCCUGGGCCCUGCAGUUCCGUUCUCUUGGCAUUCGGGCCCCAUCCCGCUCGGUGCUGAGCAGUUGGAAAGGAGGGUGCCUGGCACCACACAGGAUCAGGCCCUUUGACUUGAGAAGGGAAGCUGGGCCCUGUUGCUAAGGCCACCCGAGACCCAGUGGAGGCUGCUGAGCUCUGGAGAUGGGUGACUGAACCUGCCCUGCAGAUGCAUGCUCAGAACCAGUAAGGCUAGGUCACACUGUAAUGUCCCCCUGCCCUUCGCCUGCUCGGAGGAGUCUUCACUCAGCGGCUGCUCUCCAGACCUUAAUCCAGGUCCCUGCACUGACUCCAGCUGAGUAACUCUGGGUUUGCCUGGUGCAAUCCCCGCUCUGCCUGACUGUUUCUCUUUCACGGCUCAAUCACAGUGGUGUUUGUGAUGGUGGAGGCAGCUGUGUGGUGAUGCUGCCUGGCUCAGGUGCCCCAGCACGGCAAUGCCAACCCGCUCAUGCAUGUGUGUUAGGAACCAACUGGCGAGCUUUCCCUUGUGCCCUGAAAGGAGCAGCUGCACUGUGGCGGUACCCAGAUGGGAGAGGGGUAAUAGCAGAGCAAUGGGCUGGAAUUGUCUCUUCAGCUGCCAGCUGGUACCUGUUAAUAUACAGUCUGACACACCCCUGCGUUUCCUCCCAGUCCUGUCACACUGUGCAUCUACACGCACUGCAUUUAAUGACUCUCUUCCUACGGCUCCCCUCCCCAUCCCAAAUGGCUGGCAGCUCGAUUCCCACACCCUCGCAUGUCCCAAAUACACCGGCACCUCAUGGGGUGAUGUAUAGGUAAUAGGAUCCUUUCCCAUGCCCCAUAACCUACUGUACGGGGAGGUGCACAUACACAGAGUAGUCUCCACGCUCCCAGCAUGGUGUGAUGGUACACGCACAAAGCAGGGUCUCCAGACACCCAGCGUGGUGUGAUAUAUAUACACACACACACACACGCAUACCACAUUCCCUGUAUCGUGUGAUGCACUCACAUACAGUAGGGUCUCCAGAUUCCCAACAUGGUGUGUACAUGCACCCACACACAGUCGGAGCUCCACAUUCCCAACAUGGUGUGAUACACAGAAAGACAGAGUUGGGUUUCCAGCCUUCCAGCAUGGUGUAAUGUUAUAUAGAUACAUAGCGGGGUCUCAAUUCACAGAAUGGUGUUAAGCUUGCACGUGCACAUGGGUAGGGUCUCCACACUCCCAGCCUAGUGUGAUGCGCACACACACGCAAUAGGGUCUCUAGGCUCCCAGCUUGGCAUGAUGCACACAUGCACAGUGGGAUCUCCCUGCAUGGGGUGAUAUAAGACGUAGGCCUUUUCCCUGUUUGGUGUAGUAUUGACCUUUUGGCUCCUGGGACUGCAAUGCACACCCUCUGCACUCCUGCCCUCGGUCUCAGUUUCUGCCCCAAACCAUGAUAUCUCCCUCUUUCCCGCUCUCGUGUUGCUCUCUGGAGGGUAGUUUCAUUUCCUAGUGCAUGUUUCAUGAGCUGGGUUGGGGCCUCUGACUUUGACAACACUGAGCGCAGUCAGUGAUACCAAACAAGCUGGCCUCAUGUUGCAGGUAACAAUGCCUUGCUGCAGCUCUGUUUUCCAGCACACCUGAGCCUGCCGACACCUGAUCUCCCCCCCACACUCUGCAGAGGGGAAGCUGGCUGGGGGCUGUAGCUUUGCCCAGCAAUCCUGCUACAUCUCACAGCUUCUCUGGCUACAGCUCACUCAGAACCUCGAGUUAACACGUGUAACACUAGAUGUGAAAGGAAACUGCAAGUGGGGGGUGAAUUCUGAGUGUGUGUGUGUGUCAUGGCCUGCAUCAUGUUUGUAGUGUGUGCAGGAGUAUUUAGAGAUGGGUAAAUCCUAUUGGCUCCAUCAGCCAUAGCCCAUCCUGUACACCUGGGCUAGAUUCUCCCCCAUAACUGUGUCUAGUUUCCGUGUCCCAAGUGGCCGACUUCCCACAAUCUGACGGAUCUCACCGCUGGGAACAUUUUCCUGGUAGGCAGCCUAAAUUUUUCCUCAUCCCAUCAUUUCUACUUCCCCUCCCUCCUUCCACCCACAUCCCCGCCCCCGCAAGAAUCCCUCCAUCAGCUUGACAUGCUGCAGGGACUGCCAGACUGUCACAUUCCCCACUGCCACCUGGCUUAACCAGGCAGGAUAGAGUUCACUCCUUUAAUCUCUCCUCAUAAACCAGCCCCUCCAGCCUAACUGGUUCUUUUUGUUAUGCUUCUCUGAUCUCCUUUAAGCCUCUCUGGUGAGGUGGGACCCCAACCCAACUACAGCUGGUCUGUCAGCAGAGCCAGAUAGCAGGACCUCCCUGCCCUUAUGAGGAUCAUGAUAAUAGGUGGGCAGAAGCAUUAUCCCCAUUUUACAGAUGGGAAAAAUGAGGCACAGACAGGCAAAGUGACUUGCCCAAGACUAUCCAGCAGGCCAGUGGCAGAGCUGGGAAUAGACCCGAAGUCUCCUGAAUCCCAGUUCAGUGCCCUGUCCACUACCUCUGCCUGUAUAGCACAGAAUCACACUAUUUUUAAAAUUUUUGCUGUCCAAUCACGUCUAAUGUCCUGUCCCUUAUAACUCCAGAUCUCUGCCUUAGCCUAACUUCCGGCUGGAUUUCUCAUUCCUAUUUCACAUCUAUCUAUGGGAUUCUAUUUCUUCAACUGGGUUAGCUUCACUUUCCCAAGAUGGCUCUCCCUGUGCUGCUUGCAUUUGUGUUUGAGUGCGCAGCGGUUCUGGAUCUGACUCUGAGUGUGCGUGUGCAUGCCUGCGUGAACCCCAUGCCUGUGUGCACGUUUGUGUGUACGCCUGUACAUGGCAGGUGAUCCCAGCGAACGAUGAUGUGCUAGGUAAUGGACCACGGUUUCAUGGCUGUUCAGAGCACCAGCAAUGCCCUAGUACAGGGUACGGCCCGUGGGCCGG